GUGAAAGUAAUGGUAAGGAUUUGUCCCUCUCAAGGAGCACAUGAAACAUCUGAAUCCAUGUCCUUCCUAAAGGUAGACCCGCGAAAAAAGCAAAUCACAUUUUAUGAUCCAGCGACAAGUGGGCCUUCCAAUGCAGGUCACAGAAGAGGUGUUGUUGCUGUCCCAAAGAUGUUUGCCUUUGAUGCGGUUUUCCCCCAGGAUGCUUCGCAGGCUGAGGUAUGCUCUGGAACAGUAGCAGAAGUAAUCCAGUCUGUUGUGAAUGGUGCAGAUGGUUGCAUAUUUUGCUUUGGUCACGUCAAGCUUGGAAAAUCUUUUACCAUGAUUGGGAAAGAUAACUCCACGCAAAGCCUUGGUAUCAUCCCCUGUGCAAUUUCUUGGCUCUUCAAAUUAAUCAAUGAACGUAAAGAAAAAACUGGGACUCGUUUCUCUAUUAGAGUAUCUGCUGUGGAGAUCAGUGGCAAAGAUGAAAACCUUAAGGAUUUGUUAGCUGAAGUAGCCAGUGGCAGCCUUCAGGAUGGCCAGUCUCCUGGGGUUUAUCUGAGAGAAGAUCCAAUAUGUGGAACCCAGCUUCAAAACCAAAGUGAGCUAAGGGCCCCGACAGCAGAGAAAGCUGCCUUUUUCCUUGAUGCUGCAAUUGCUGCCAGAAGUACCAGCAAACCUGAAUGCGAGGAAGAAGAUAGGAGGAAUUCACAUAUGCUCUUUACUCUUCACAUAUACCAGUAUCGCAUGGAGAAGAGUGGCAAAGGAGGAAUGUCUGGAGGACGCAGCCGUUUGCAUCUCAUUGAUCUAGGGAGCUGUGAAAAAGUGCUGAGCAAGAGCCGAGAUGGAGGAGGCUCUCUGUGUCUGUCUCUCUCUGCCUUGGGCAAUGUAAUUUUGGCCUUAAUUAAUGGUGCUAAGCAUGUGCCAUAUAAGGACAACAAAUUGACAAUGUUGUUGAGGGAAUCGCUUGGGAACAUCAACUGCAGAACUACUAUGAUUGCGCAUAUUUCUGACUCCCCGGCCAAUUAUGCAGAAACUCUCACCACCAUUCAGCUUGCAUCGCGAAUCCACCGAAUGAGAAAGAAAAAAUCCAAGUAUGCAUCCAGCUCGUCUGGAGGAGAGAGUUCAUGUGAAGAAGGACAUGUCCGAAGACCACCGCAUUUGCGACCGUUCCACCCACGAACUGUUGCCCUUGACCCUGACCUUCCUGUCCUGAGUAUAUCUAGUGAUCCUGAUUACUCCUCCAGCAGUGAACAGUCUUGUGAUACUGUCAUCUAUGUUGGUCCCAAUGGCGCAGCUUUGUCUGACAGGGAAUUGACAGAUAAUGAAGGUCCUCCAGAGUUUGUUCCCAUAAUCCCAUCCUUAAACAAGAAGAGAAGUAAAGACAAUUCUGCUAUUGGUAGGAGUUCUGACAAGGACCAUUUUAAAUGCAACACUUUUGCUGAACUGCAAGAAAGAUUAGAGUGCAUUGAUGGAAGUGAGGAACCCAUCAGAUUUGCUUGUGGAGAAAUCUCUGUGGUGUCUAAUUGUAGUCCUGUCCCUGGAGGUACAGAAAAUGCUCAGUCUAAGCUGAUAAAGGAAAAAAUAUCUUCUCCUUCUGGUGGAUUUAAGAAACCAGUUGCACAAGAAACUGCAUCUCCCAAAAAAGGACAUAACCUUCCUUUCCAGGCUGUUGCACCAAGGGGUGUCAAUGGAAAUUGUCAUGAAAAGAGCACACCUCAGUUGAAAACAGAGCUUUCCAAGCUGCAGAGCAGAGCUGACAACAAAAUAGUAGACUCUAUACUGGAGGGAGAGGGAGAGACAAUCACCGAUUCCCUACAGUCCUCAAGAUGUAGCCCUUCAAGGAAUCUGGAGCAGAAUAAGGCCACAGCUGAAUGCGUCAUUAAAGAAAAGUCCUUGUAUGUGAAGAGGCCCUUGCCAAGCCCAGCACCUCCACCUGCGCAGCAGAAAGAGCAUGUACUGAACUCCAAAGCUGAGAAUUUGGAGCUGGACAAUAGCAAUGCAGUUCGGACUCCUCCUGUGGGAAUGAGCAAACAGAUGGGAAACAAACCUGAGCAAAACCCUGUAGGGAGCACGUUCCUGGUUGGUAGCAAUGCCCAGAAUCAGUCAGGUGCAAUAGAGGUACACAGCUUCAGGUCAGCAUUCAGAGGGAAAUGUUUUGAUCGGGAUAUACUGACCACCACGGUGACUUUGCAGCAGCCUGUUGAGCUGAAUGGAGAGGAUGAGCUUGUUUUCACUGUGGUGGAAGAACUAUCCAUUAGCGGGAUUAUGGAUAAUGGAAGACCUUCCAGUAUCAUUAGCUUUAACAGUGACUGCUCCCUUCAGGCCCUUGCAUCAGGUUCGAGACCAGUCAGUAUUAUCAGCAGCAUAAACGAUGAGUUUGAUGCUUAUACCUCCCAGGAGACUUCUACUGGUGUAAAUAUUGACAUUGUUGUCCCCUUUGCUAAGGAUCCCUUUACCAGCAGCAGACGUUCCUCCAUCAGUUCGUGGCUUAGUGAAGUCAGCAUCUGUACAAUCGAAAGUGAUGGAGCCCAGUCUAGUGACAGUUUUGUAGCACAGUCAUCUUACAGCUGUAAUAAGUCUGAGGAAGCCUUCAACUUGGAUGCAUCCCAUUUAUCUGUCCCCCUGAAAAGCACUCUGAACGACAGUGGAUUUUGCUUCUCUGAACUGGAUAGUGAGAGCUUGGGUUCCAGCAAGCUGUCCUCGGGCAUCAGCAAAAGCCCUCAAACCUCUGAAACUACCAAAGCAUCUCAUAUAAAAAGUGCUUUUUGUGUCACUGAUCAGCCCGUAAAAAUUAAAUUUAGUAAUUCUCAUGAUAUGCCUGUGAUAGAAACAAUACAUUCUAGUCUUCCUAGGAAAACAAAAACUACCUCGUCUCCAAUCCACAAUAAUACUGUCCUCAGCUGUAAAGAGCUUCAGAAUCCACAUGGUAUAUUUGAAGAUCCCUGGCUGUUGCGCACUGAUUAUCAGUUGGAAGCAAAACCUGCAGACUCACUGCUUUCUCCAAAAUCUCACACAUUUGGUACUGAGAAGCAGCCAGGAAAAGCUGCCCAGUAUUUUGACGCAGCAUCCAGGCCAACGAAGUCGCAGACUAUGCUUGCCUGUUCGCAGAGGGUUGUGGAUGGUUGCGAAAUGGCCUGCAAAUCCUCCAGCGGAGCUGCAAAGAAGUCAGAAGUUGCAAUGAAGAUGCCACAGCUGAAGAGAGGAGCCACCACACUGGGAGUGAUGCCAGUGUCGCACGCUAACAGUACUUUGUCGGAGGCUGUGACCCGAGGGAAUUCAGAUGCUCCUUUGGCCACUGGCAGCUUGAAAUCAUCACUGGGAAAGAAGAGUGCUUCACAGAAGUCCACCAUGUUGCCCAGGCCAGGUGGGCCAACACCUCCAACACCUCCUGUACGCAAAUCAAGCCUGGAGCAGAAACCUGUUGGUCUGGGUAAUGGUGGGGUAAAAUCCUCCACCCUGGACUUCGCCAGAGCUGCCGCGCCAAAGGCUGAAGAUGAAGCAGAUUUGCGUGCCAGCAGCAAAAUGAACCUGAAGGGUGACCACUCUUUGCCCAAGAUGACGUCCAGCUUAAAGACGAAGGCAUCAAAGAGUGAAGCCGUUCACCGUUAUGGGAGCCACAUGUCCCUGGAGAGGUGUGACAGCCUGACAUCGGUUGGAUCCAAAGCUAGCAUGGUGAGGGAGAAUGGGAGCGCCAGCAACAGCCGGGCAGGGCGCUCUGUCCCGAGGCUGGGGGUCCCCCCUGUUGCCUCCAGUGUGGGUUUGCCACCACCCUUCACCACCCCUGUGCCUGGUAAAAACAGCCAGGCAAAACCCACAGCUAACCAGAAGGUGCAAGCAAAUGGGAGUAAAAACCGAGGCCUCUCUGCCAGUGGGUCAAAGUCUCUCAGUUCCUCUGUGAAGUCCCUGGUGCAGCCCACAGGGAAGGGCUCUGGCAUGGCCCCUGGUGGGAAGGCAGCGCCCCGCUCCAUGCAGCCUGUCAGCGGCAAACCUGGCCGAGGGACCAUCAUGGGGACCAAGCAGGCCAUGAGGGCGGCCAACAGCCGUGUGAACGAGCUGGUAUCAGGUGGCUCUGCCAAGGUAGGCCGCUUCCGAGGCUCUACGGACUCUGACAGUGGCAACGACAGUGGCAUUAACCUCAGUGACGAGAAGUCGCAAAUCCCAGUGCUGCCAUCUCCGUACAGCAAGAUAACGGCGCCCCGGCGACCUCAGCGGUACAGCAGCGGGCAUGGCAGUGACAACAGCAGCGUACUAAGCGGGGAGCUGCCGCCGGCCAUGGGGAGAACGGCUCUGUUUUACCACAGUGGUGGUAGCAGCGGCUAUGAGAGCAUGAUUCGGGACAGCGAGGCCACUGGCAGUGCCUCCUCGGCACAUGACUCCAUGAGCGAAAGUGGGAUGUCAUCUCCGGGCCGGAUGAGGAGCCUCAAGUCCCCCAAGAAACGAUCAACAGGUCUCCAGCGUCGUAGACUGAUUCCUGCUCCAUUGCCAGAUGCUGCCUCACUAGGAAGAAAACCCAGCGUCACUGGCCAAUGGGUUGAUCUACCACCUUUGCCAGGCACUUUAAAAGAGCCAUUUGAAAUUAAAGUUUAUGAGAUUGAUGAUGUGGAACGAUUACAGCGACACAGACAAGAGGAAACUGAGCCUUUCCAGGAUGUUGAGAAGGGUCUGAUGUAUUUCCAUACCAAGCUGAAGAUACUAGAAAGGCGCCAGCAGCGAAUCAGAGAAGUAAAGGCAAAGCAUGAAUUUUUGAAAGAAGAGUUGGAAGAGACAAAGUGCAGAUUGAUGAUGGAUCCAAAUAAGUGGAAAGACGACUUUGAAGUGGAUCCUGAUCUCGAUAAGGAGUCACAGGAGUACCUGGAGGCACUGGAACAAGUGACAGAGGAACUGGAGCAGUGUGUUAAUCUGUGCAAGUCACAUAUCAUGAUAGUGACGUGUUUUGAUAUUGGAAUAACAGAUGCGCAAGAUGGAGUAAGGGAAGUGGAAGUUUGA